AUGGAGCAGAUUAAUAGUCAUCUGCAGUUAGAUCGAUACCUGUCCGAUCCAAUCGCCAACGAAUUGGAACAGGUUUACCCACACCUACUAUCUAGCCCCCCCGAAUCAGCAGAAGAUUCCAACGAGCCUCAUGCGGUCGAUGCGGAAAAUCUGCCGCCUGGGUUCCUUGGGUUAUCCGAAGAAGAGCUUCUGGCAGCCAAAUCUUUGGGUUCAUACCGGCAGCCACCUGAUCAGUACCCCUACGAGCGGGUCGAACCAAUCGCCCAUAAACCAGAACAGGUAGAUCCAUACUUACCGUCUAGCCUCUCUAGAACACCAGAUAUCAACGACCCUCUUGCAGUCGAUGUCGACCAUCUGCCCGGAUUCUUCGACAUAUCCCAAGAAGAGUCUGAACACCAGGUACCACUCCCAGUAGCCACUCCUUCGGGUUCAAUCGCUCCUGAAUCGGAACAGGUGAAUCCUCAUGUACAUCUACCGUCUAGCCCCUCUGGACCAGCAGCAGAUGCCAUCGGCCCCCUUCCAGUUAAUGCGGGCCAUGUUGGAGAUCUCCCUCCAGAGAUGCCUUGCGAUAAGAAAUGCAAUUGA